AUUGAACUCACAAAUAAAAAGGAAUGUGCUUCCUCCAUAAACUCACUUUGUCCUAGACUACGGAUAGAUUACAAGAUAAAGAAGCAGGACAGCACCAAGUCCCUGCUCAUCAAAACAGAGCAACUGCUGAGGAUUGAAGAGCAUGACUUUGCCAUGAGGCCAGGCUUUGGAGGCUCAGCUAUUCCUGUUGGGAUUGAUGUGCAGGUGGAGAGUUUAGACCACAUCUCUGAAGUCAACAUGGACUUCACUAUGACUCUCUACCUGCGGCAUUACUGGAAAGACGAGCGUCUGGCUUUCCCCUCAGGGAAUAACCUGAGUCGCACAUUUGAUUCCCGGCUUGUGAAGAAGAUCUGGGUCCCGGAUGUUUUCUUCGUCCAUUCCAAACGCUCCUUCAUUCAUGACACCACCAUGGAGAACAUCAUGCUGAGAGUCUAUCCAGACGGCAAUGUUCUCUACAGCGUCAGGAUAACAGUGACUGCGUUGUGCUCAAUGGACUUCAGUAGCUUUCCUCUGGACACACAGAACUGCUCUCUGGAGCUGGAGAGCUAUGCAUAUAAUGAGAAUGACCUGAUGCUGUAUUGGAAGAAUGGAAAUGAUUCCUUAAGGACUGAUGAGAUUGUACUUUCCCAAUUUUUCAUUGAGGAAUUUAGUCCCUCCAGUGGGUUAGCCUUCUACAGCAGCACAGGCUGGUAUAACAGACUUUACAUUAACUUCAUUCUAAGAAGACACAUUUUCUUCUUUAUGCUCCAGACGUAUUUUCCCACAAUGCUUAUGGUCAUGCUCUCGUGGGUUUCCUUCUGGAUUGACAGACGAGCUGUGCCUGCCCGUGUCUCAUUAGGAAUAACUACAGUGUUAACCAUGUCCACCAUCAUCACGGGUGUGUCGGCAUCCAUGCCUCAGGUCUCCUAUGUGAAAGCAGUGGACAUCUACCUGUGGGCCAGCUUCCUUUUUGUAUUCCUGUCUGUUAUUGAGUAUGCAGCUGUUAAUUACUUCACCACAGUAGAGGAGAUGAAGAAGCUACAGAAAGGAAAGCUUCCUGCAUUUGAUGCUGCUCAGGCUAUGGCUUUUGAUGGCUGUUUCCAUGACACGGACAUUGAACUCACCCCUUACCCUCAAAUGACCAACCUUAGUGUCAACCAACGACCUCCUUCCCAGAACUCCAGCUGCAUCACCGACCCUCCCCCCGUAGUGGGGACACGACUCCGCCGUGGACGUCCCAUAAGACACCAUCUACAGCUGGUCAUGACAAACAGUUAUCUGAUUGACUCUUAUUCUAGACUCAUUUUUCCUCUGGCUUAUCUGAUCUUUAACAUUGUCUACUGGAGCAUAUACUCCUAA